AUGUACAUACCAAAACUCCCUAGCUCAUUAUUAAUCUCUGCAAACGAGUCACGAUUCCGCAUUUUCUUCACUGACGACAAAACAACUUGUUUCAUUUGCAAAUCUACGGGUCACACACCCUUGACUUGCAAAAAAUCGAAUCUAAAUAACACGGAAAUCUCCUCCUCACCUCAACAGACAAAUGUAUAUGAACAUAAUUCUACGCCAGAAAAUCAAAAAUCUACCAAAUCGAUAUCUCCCAAUCUACUAUCAGUUCUCAAAUGCUCAUCACCUCAGACGAAACGCCUCCAACUUGGAACAUCGUCACCGAAACAUCAGCUCACAAACGACAGGCUCCUCCAACAACAUCUUCAUCAGCCCCUACCAGCCCCCUGCAUUCAACUUCACAAGAGCCAAACCUCUUAG